GAUAAAUGAUCAUGAUCAUGACGAUCAUGAUUUUGAGUCGACAGCAGUAGAAUAUAAAUUUAACAACAUGACUUCAAAUUUUGAGGAAAUAUUUCAGGGAUGGUUAGAAAAAGAAGAAUACAACACAAACAAAAGCUUCCUCAAAAAGAGUAAGUUUUGGAAGAAAUGUUUCUGUGUCUUGCGGAGAUAUGACGGUGAUUCCAAUGUUUACCUGCAAUGGUUUGAAAAGGAGGAAGACUGGAGGAGAGAAUUUCCAAAGGGAUCAUUUGGACUUUUCCCAAAGUAUUCUGUUUAUAAGCAUAAGACCGAUAAAGGGAAGAACUAUUUUGAGGUUUCAAAUGAUGAAGAAGCUCACUAUUUCUUAGCUAAUAAUGAAACAACUAUGGAUUUAUGGGUAAUACAGCUGAUGAUGCAGACAAGACUUAACUCAUCUAUGAUUGAAACCAGCUUCAGGGUGAAGGGAGCUGAGAGCAAGCACCUCCAAAGAAUUGGUGCAAAGAAUCUUAACUGUUUAUUGCACUUAUCUGAAUGGGGAAUCACACUUGCCUUAGAGCGAACCCACUCUGUUCUAUCACAAUGGCCGCUAACCACCAUACGGAACUACGAAUGCACAGACAGCAAUGAGUUUGUGUUCGAAGCAGGCAGAAAAUCUCCAAUGGGUGAAGGAAAGUAUGAAUUACUUACAACCAACAGUGAAGACAACCUAAUUUUUGAUCAACUUGAUCACUACACAAGUUUGCGAGCUAGCCGAUUCAGGUCAGCAGGUGGAAGGAAUCGAUUAAACUCUGCAAAUGACGAGGAAAUUGCUCAGGCCUAUGGACAGUUACGUUGGAGUGUCAUGUUGACUAGUUCACAGCUUAAUUUGGGAGUAAUCAAUACGAUGCCAAGUCAGCCUCAAGCCAUCGUACAAAACAACCAUCAUCAAGGCGUGUACGACCAUUUGGAGCGCAAGUCAAGUAUUCAAUCAACGAGUACCGCAGUUGCUGUUUCGUAUGAUCGUCUCGAUCGCAGUGGAAGCCUCAGUGAUCGUUUAUCUUUAGAAAGAUCAUACAGUCGACUGAACAAUAACAAGACUCCACCUCAUAGAAGCCAAAGCCAACGCUCUAUUCAGGAACGGAAUAUCAGCGAUUCCUACGACCAUCUAGAACGAACGCUAAGUUUUGACGGAAGUCCCUCUAAAGAGGAUAGCCGUAGCAGGUCUUUUGGUAGCCUAGAGCGGACCCGGUUCAAGCUCGCAAGUCCACCGCCCGAGGAUAGUUAUAGCCAUCUGUCGCGGCACCGGCAUGCAUCGCUGCCGAGCAGCAGUAGUCCAAGAAAGAAUAUGGAGUUUUAUGAUAAGCUUGAUAGAUCUACAGCUAAUUUGGAUCAAGGAUCUAUUGUGAACAGUUACGAUCGACUUAACAGUAUGCAGGGAAGUGUGAUGUUGGAUAGGGAUAUAGGAAUGAGUCCUCCCACAACACCCUCCAAUGAUCCAAACGCGUAUGAUACCUUUGGUAAUAAGAGAGCGCACACUCCUUCCUCGUAUCCAUUUGUCAAACCAGGCUUUGGGGCUCAGGACACAGAGCCGUUGGUGGUUGAACUUCCCCCACCUCUACCACAUAAACCAUCUUUUAUGUCAGGAAGCGGACAAAAGGCGUCGAUUAGUUCUGAGAAGAAAAACGAACCCUUGCCACCAAGACCACCUGUGAAUGAACAGGACAAACCUUUAGGACCUGAACAAGAUGUUUUUGAUUUGCAAAGUAGUGGAGAAAACCUAGAAAACAGGCAGGAUACAAAAAUGGAGGGAAACAUUGGUUCGCUUUAUCAAUCGGUAGAUGACGAAGAAUCUAAAAAUAACCCAGAAACUAAUGGUUCUCACUACCAGGCUGUAGACGAUCAGAAGAUAGCGUCCGAGUACGACGAACCCCAACCACGGGGUAGGCUAAACACACACUCCAGUAACCCUGAUCUAACCAAGAUAUCAUGGAGUAGUAGAGGAACAUUGGAUCCAUCAAAACGGACAACUCUUCAUCGCAGUGCACCCUCGCUAGCACUUUAUUCUGUCGUUGACAAGAAGAAGGGAUCCAAAGGAUCGCCGAAGUUAUCAAAAUCUGGCAGUACUUUUAAACUGUUUAAAAAGAUCGGCCGCUCAUCGAAGAAAGAAGAAGACAGUUACGAAAAAGUCCCACGAAAGAAUAAGAAAUCCCAAAAGAGGGAUAAUAAGAUUUUAUCUACUUCAAGUUUGAAGCCUUUGGUGGCGGAAGAUGACACAGUGUCGUAUGUUGAUAUUGAUGGAGAGGAGAGUGCGAUUGCGCGAGAUUUGAUGGAAAGACGUGAUUCAAAGCGUCCUCUACCAGAUUUGCCCGCAGCCUCAACUGCGGCCGUCUAGUUUAGCCUAUUAGGUGUAGGGGAGCCUUCGAGCACCAGGCGUUGGCAAAUGUCAAUCGCUCAAAACUAAUAAGAAAUUAGCAAAAUUAAACGCAUGUUUUUCUGACACAAAUAAGUCCAUGUUGAAGCUUUUUUAAAUCUUCCUACCGAACAUUAUGUAUUUUAAUAACAUGUUCUAAUAACUCGAGUCGACCGUUCGACCACGAACCUAAUUAUUGAAACCUAUCUGUACUAAAAAUGUUUAAAAAUGGGAAAUCAAAUGAUGAAAACGUAUGAUUGAAAAGCUCGUGAGUUGUGUUGGUUGCCCUGCUAUGCACACCUAAUAUAAUAAGAACUUUUUUAGAUUUUAAAAUGCAAUGUAAUUGUAAAAUUUAGUAUCUUAGAACUCGUAUUGCAAAGCAAAGAUUUUCUUUUAACAUUUUAGUAAACAUUAUAAUUAGCACGGGAUAACGGUAAGGUAUAUCCCAAGGGCAUAACUUCUUCAAACUGAUUCAUAGAUUAAAAAUGGUAAUUAUGUAAUUUAUGUUAUCUUAAAUCAAUUAGAAAUAUAUAUUUAAUUAG